AUGGAGUUUGGAAGUGUUGACAACUUUCUAGAGGGCAAAACCAUUUUAGUUACGGGUGCAACGGGAUUCCUAGCAAAACUUUUGGUGGAGAAGAUAUUAAGGGUUCAGCCAAACAUAAAAAAGCUAUACCUUCUUCUGAGAGCAGGAAAUUCAGAAGAAGCUACACAACGGCUGCACGAUGAGGUUCUGUCGAAGGAUUUGUUCAGGGUGCUACGAGGAAUGUGGGGUGCAGAUUUUGUCUCCUUCAUAUCUGAGAAGGUGUUGGCUGUUGGUUGCGAUGUUUCUGUUGAGAACUUGGGAGUCAAAGACACAAAGCUGAGGGAAAAGUUGUUGGAAGAGACAGACAUCAUAAUAAAUUCUGCUGCUACUACCAAGUUUUAUGAGAGAUUGGAUGUUGCGAUUGGUGUUAAUACGAUGGGUGCUCUUCAUGUUCUGAACUUCGCCAAGAACUGCAGUAAAUUACAAAUGCUUCUUCAUGUAUCGACUGCUUACAUAUGCGGUGAGCGAAAAGGACUUAUGGCAGAGGAACCUUUUAAUAUGGCUGAGACCGUAAAUGGGUCUUCAAGAUUAGACAUAAACUUAGAAAAAGUGUUAACUGAAGAGAAAUUGAAGGAACUUGAGGCAGAAAAUGCCAGUGAUAAAACAAUCACAUCGGUUAUGAAAAACCUUGGAACUGUAAGGUCAAACUUACACGGAUGGCCAAAUGUGUANNCAUUUACAAAAGCAAUGGGGGAACAGAUUUUGAUGAACAUGAAAGGUGAUAUACCAUUGAUCAUUGCACGCCCCACCGUAAUAAUCAGCACUUACUCUGAACCAUUUCCCGGUUGGAUUGAAGGUGUCAGAACUAUUGACCCCUUUGUUGUGAUGUACGGUAAAGGAAAGUUAAGAAGAAGCCUUGGUCGUCGGAGUACAAUUAUAGAUACGAUACCAGCAGACAUGGUGAUAAACUCCAUGAUAGUAGCACUGGAGGCUUGUUCAAAGAGUUCUUCAAAGACAUUGAUUUAUCAUAUUGGUUCUUCACUGAGAAAUCCAUUCAGAAUUUCUGAUCUUGAGGAUUUGAUCCAUCAAUACUUUACAAAACAUCCUAUGACAGACAUCUAUGGAAAACCAGUGGCUGUUCCCAAGAAAAUUAAGUGGAUGUCUAGUGUGAGUUCAUUUCACAGACACAUCAACAUUCGAUACGUGCUACCUCUAAAGGGAGUAAAGGUGAUGAACAAAGUGUGCUGCGUCGGUCACGAGGCUUUUUACAAUGAAAGUAAACAGAAAGUGGGAAAGAUCAUGGCAAUAACGAGAAUUUAUAAACCUUAUCUCCUCUUUGAGGGAAUCUUCGAUGACAAGAACGCAGAAAAUUUAAGGAUGAAGAAAAUGAAGGGAAAAGAUGACGAUGAUGUUGGAAGAUUUAACUUUGAUCCCACAACCAUUGAUUGGACUCACUAUGUGUUAAACGUUCACAUUCCUGGACUUCUGAAAUAUGCUGUCAAGUAA